UCCCGCCUGGGACUUUAAAGCGCCAUUUUGUGCCGGGCGGCAGGAUAUCGAUCGUCGCUCCCCAGCGGCAAGGAGGGUGGCGGCGUGCGGUGAGGCGACGGGCGCUCGGCGGUGGCCGAGCUGCGGCCGGCGCGUCGUCCCUGCUCCGUUCUCCCUUCUCAGUGUCUUUCAUUCCGCCCGCCCCGUCCCUCUGCUUCCAUGACCCGCAGUAGGAAGCAGGCGGCGCUGGAGAGAGGAGCCGGGAAGAUGAACCAAGAGGCGGGGAGCGCCGCGGCGGCUGCGGGAGACCGGGCGGUGGCGGCGGAGACAGCCGGCGGCGGAGCGGCGCCCGCUGCCUGGGGGCUGGAAGGGGAGGCGGAGAAAGUUGUGUACUCGCGGUCGCAGGUCUCCUUCGCCGGCACCAAGGCUUUGGGCGACGCCCUCAAGCUCUUCAUGCCCAAGUCCACGGAGUUCAUGAGCUCCGACUCGGAGCUGUGGAACUUCCUCUGCAGCCUUAAGCACGAGUUCUCCCCGGUCAUCCUCCGCAGCAAGGAUGUCUACGGAUACGCCUCCUGCCGAGCAGUCGUCCCCGACCCGCCGCCGCCCUCGGCGGAGCGACCCCGCCGCCGCGUCGGCAAGCGGCGCCUCCCGGCCGCCGACGCCAAGCGCCGGGCUGCGACGGCGGGUGGCAGCGCCAAGCGGCGGAGGCGGCGCCGGCGCCGCAGGAGGGUACGGGAGAGGCAGCGGCAAGCGACGGCACCGGUGGCCGCCGACCCCCGCGGCGGAGGGGGGGAGGCGGCGUUGGCGUUGUGGCCGCCGGGCGAGGAGCCGGACGGCGAGCGGGACAGCCCGGCGGAGAGCGCCGCCUGGGAGCCCUUCGGCGGCAAGUCGCUGGAGGAGAUCUGGAAGGCGGCCACCCCCAGCCUCACCAGCUUCCCCACCAUCCGGGUGCGGGGCAGUGUCUGGAGCCGGCGGAGCCUGGCGGCGGCGCGGCGCCGGGCGCAGCGGAUCCUCGGCGUGGACCUGUCUCCCGUAGUGCGGGUGCGCCGCUUCCCCGUGGCGCCGUCCUGAGGCCGCGGGUGGGUUGGGUUGGGGGGGGUUGGCCGGCUCCUCACCUUCGCCGCGGUGCGGAUAAAGAGACCGAUAUCAGUCACCUGUUUACAUUGCUUUUGUCUGGAUCGUGUUCUGCUGCUGCACUUUAUGGCCCGCUCGGGCGGGGGCCGGGCCCCCCAGCCGCACGGGGGGCGGCUUGCCGGGCCGCGCAGCCAAGGCCCCGUGCUGGGCCUCGGCCCGUCCCCGCCGGGGCGCGGGGAGACGCGAGGGACCCUCCGGCAGGUAUCACGCGUGGGGACCAAGUUCCACUUCCACUUUUUUUCUCUCCCAUUGGGCUACCUCACUGGUCCAGAAGUCCACCCAAGAAGUUAUUUUCCAAAGGAACUUACUUUUCAUGCUUGUAUAAUAAAGCACCAUCUGAUUCUUGCUAAUUUCCUCCCCCUCCCCGUUCCCCCUUUUCCGAUGGAUUAUGUAUGCUUUGUGGUGUUGCACUAGUAUGUGCUCAGGGUAUUUUGAAUCCCAAGCAUUCCCAAGUUUUGGUUUACUCUGGUCAAGAAUGCAUAAAGAAUGGAGGUUCAGGACUUGUGGCUGUUCUUGAUGGUGCAAAAAACUUUUUAAUUUCAUGGGCUUAGUGAUAUAUCAAGUUGUAUCGCGCAGUAUAAUUGUUACACUUUUGUAUCUAAAGUCAUUUUUAAAGUUUUCUAGUUGAACCAAGUAUUCGUUUCUAUUGAGCACCUAAGGAUAGAAUCAUCCUGGUAUUUUAUAACCCUGUUUACUUUAGGGAAGCUCAUCUGGUCAACCUAAGUGAACUUAAUAAAAGUCAAAGAACAAUGGUGUUUCAGUUCAAUGAAACUGUACGGGGACGGGUUCCUCGGUGGAGUACAUCAUCUAGGUGCUUAAUGUAAGCACACUUAGAUUUUGUGAAGAGUAUCUGCUUAUUAAAGCAAUGUAUAGAUGUCUGAAGGUGAACUAUGAUACGAUGUGGUGCUGACAGCCAGAAGUCAGUAGCUCAAAUGACACAAAUAUCACACUGAAGUGCCUCUCUACAGAAAGAGCAAGACUUGAUACCUGAUCUCUUCAUCACGAAAUAGUGCUGGUUGUUAUCCCAUGACUGUGAGAUGAUUGAUGAUGGGUAAUCAUAUUUAACAUAAUUACUUGCAUGUAAUUAUUUUUAUAAACCUCUCCUGGGUUUCACAGUAGACACUGAUGCAAAAUUCAUGAUGUAGCUUGAUUAUUUUGACUGAAAAAUACCAUGUUGUCAUUCUACGUGAUAAGCAGUCUCCCUUUAAACUGAUUUAUUAAAGGCUUUCUCUAGGUCUUGUGCAUUGCAAUUGGUGCAUGAGGAGCAAAAAUGUGUGUGAGGGAGAAUGUGAUUUAUUUUUUUUCCUUAAGAAAUGAUUGGUGAUAGACUGUUUAUGUCCCUAGUAUCCUGGCAGAUGAGACUGACUAACCAGCUUCUGUGGUAGAACAAAUGACUUCACAGCUUGCUUAUAGAAUGGUUUGGUGACAUAAAAUUUCUGAUGUCCGUUGAGUCCUUGUUGCCUGCUGUCUACAGAAGCAAUAAGAUGGUUUGAUGUGUGGAGGCUGCUUGUAAAACCUUGCUAGUGCUAACCUAAAGCAGGCAGCUUCCUCUAAAACCUUUUUAGUUCUUGCUUAGCGAAGCUGUGAAGUUCUUAUUCUUCCGAAGUAAGACUUAAUCUAUUCUGUAUCCAUCAGGCUUUUGAAACUGUUUACAUAACAUUGGGCUGCCUGCUGAUUGCAGCGGUAGUGCCACGUCACAUUUCAGAAGUGAAUUAAGAAAUGGAAGUUCAAGGGUGCAUAUUAUCAUGCUGUUUCUGUGGCUGUAAUACCUGCUUAAAUGUGAAGGUGAAAUUGUGCUGAUGUAAGAUCCAGUAAGACAAGCUGCAGUGCGACCAAAUGCCAAGGCUCCAAGUACUUCAAUUCUGACAUUCCACUUCAAAAACACGUUAAGAGUAUCGUUAUUAAUUCUUGAAGUCUUGUUGAUUUCUGUGCUCCUACUGUUAUGUUGAUUUAUUUUUUAGUAUUCUUUUGAAAGAUUUGUGUAGAAAGAUGAUAAAAUAUAGGCAGUUGUCUUGUGCAGAUUUUUCCCUGAACUCAUAAACAGGCACAGGACGGGCUAGAUCAGAUUUCAAGGACGGAGUUAAGGCUGCCAGAGGUAUGACAUGGGACACACUGUAUUAAAUUUGUGCUGCCUUGUUUGGAAGCUUAUCCCAAAAUGUUCUCUGUGGGUACAAAAUACAGUGAAGUAACUCUAACUCUUAUUGAGUGACUUGUUGUGUGGGCUGUAUGCAUAAGGCUUGCUUAUUUUUCUCCUGGCUGUGCUUUGACUUUGACUUCUUGGUUUUGAAGUGGCAGCUUUAUUGGGGGUAUAGUAUGAUUUGCUGAUACCCUGUUAGCAAGUUGGAUUGAAGUUUCACUGUAGUCUAAACUCCUCUGGCAGCUGCAUUUACAGAUUCUUAACUGAGCUAUUUCAGUCUGAAGUCAGUUAAGAGGGGGAAAUCUGUUACUCAGAUUUUCUGGCAAAUUAAUGUGGUGAAAUAGGUCAGCAAAGGAUCUGAGAACAGGAUGGCAUGUGAAAGCUAACAGUUUACAGGGAAGACAAGACAGCUAAUUUCAUCAUUGUGUUCAUGGCAGUUUGUGGCAAUCGAGGACAGGAUUAAUCAUCUGUGGCCCAGCUUUCCCCUUCCCUUUCUCCUCUCAAACCUGCAACACUUACCUAUCUCUCUGUGCUUGUCUGAGGAAGCUAGAUAAUCAGAAAACUAUUCAAGUUUAGAUUUGGAUAGGCUAAUACUUGAUGGCUUUUGUUCGACCUUCUAGCUGUAGACCAAGGCUGAGGAAGUUUGGAAAACGGUGCACAAAAUUGCUGCAGCAUUGAGUUAGAUAAUUUUAAACAUGGAAGCGUUAUGGAAGGGUUUAUUCUAUAAAUGGCUAAUGUUGUUGUGUUCUACCUAUAUGUGUGCUGUUGGAGAAGGUGUAAUGGAUUAGAUGGACUUCUGGUAUGACUGCAUGUGGUUGUUCCUACGCACACACUGAGUGGUGUGAGAAGUGUGAUUUGCCUGAUUUAACUUGGUGGUUUCAGCAUCCUGUCAUAUGGGGCUGCUUCUGAGACUGACAAAAUGCAGGCCCAGAAUAAACCCAGUGUACAAUGCCCAGUCUAGUUCAGUCAGCAGGGAUGGUUUCAUAUUAAACAGGAAUCUUGUGGUAGCCGCUCUUGCCAGACUUCUCUUGCAGUAGCUGGUUCCUUCCUUCAUGAGCUCACUUCAUACAAUGACUUUGUGUACUGGAAGUUGUGCUAUUUCCUUUACCAAAUCUGAAUUUUCAUCCAGUCACUCAAAAGUUAUUGAACUUAAAAAUGCUACAAUGCCAGAAAGAGUUGUGUUGAUGGCCCCAGAUGUUAGGGCAAGAGUUUAGACCAUUGUAUCUAACAUGUUGCCUAGUGUAGGUUUUACGUUCAAGAGGCAGUGCCUUCCUGUGAGUCACUGUACAAAUACAUUGUUUGGGACUGAAGCUCUUAAGAGGAGAAAGCAGUGCCUUGCAAAAAUUUUCCUGUAUUCUAACAUUGCAUAGAAGUUUUCACAUCAAAAGGAUCAAGGUUUACAACUGGUCCUUGAAACCAUCCGUUGUAAACACCAAAUGUUGUCUGUGCCCAAACCUCAUGUGGAGCGUGUUGUAUAUAUUUGGCAGAGGCAAGACUUGUGGUACUUAGAUUUUGCCCUGAAUGGAUAGGGGAUGUUGUCUGUAUCUGCAUUUCCUUGCCUAUCAGAAGCAAAGGGCAGAGUGAAUCCAGUUUAUAGAUUGUGGCUUUGAUACCAAAUAAUUUUUCACUUACUGCUUCUUCAACAAGGCAGAGUCUUGGGCUCCUCACGCUACUUAAAACAGUUGACUUACACUAAUUUACAAUUAUCAGUGCCAUAGUUUGAGUCCAAGGUUUGUAUGCACGUGAAACCAGUUGUACUGAAAGCACCUACCAUUUCCUUUUGGCCCAUGGACUGAACCAGAGAAUUUCAGAUUUGUAUGUAUGAGUUGAAAACACUGAUCUUGGGUCAAACAGAAUGUUUUGUUUGACUUGAGAUGCUCUGGUUUUGCUUGUGUCCACAAAUAUAGGAGAUCUGGAUGCAAAGGGCUAAAUUCACAAGAGCAAAUUGCCUCACAGAAAUUCAUAUCAAGUAAGAUAAUAGGUAAGAAAUCCUGGACUCCUAGAGACCCAAAUUCCAGUUCCCCCUCUUGGAGAAGGAACUUUGAAUUUCUGCAUCCUGAGGACUGUGCUAUAACAGCUUGAAACUUUUCACUCUAUAUAAUAAUAUUCACUAAGCUAAGAGAAAAUUCCUGGAUAUCGCGGUUUUUAGGGAACACCUUGGUUCUUCAUCCAUCCAUCCACUGUUUAUUUUAGGUGAGCAUAACUACCUUAACUGAGGAAAGACUGAGGCACACCCACUCCAGGGAGUUCUGUGGUAGGGGCUCUGCUUACGCAGGGUCUCCAAAUAUGUGCUGCUUGUGAUGAUUUACUACCAAACUAUCAUGAGGCGUCCAAUAAGUAUGUUAGGACAAUGAAGGAGAAUUUCGGUACACUUCUUAAUCAAGGCAAAGGCAUUUUUCCAUAUUGUAAGAAUAAAGCAUAUUUCCUCAACAUUAGUGCCUAAUUAUCUUUAUAGAAUUACCAAAAAACCAUUCUUCUCAUUGAUGCCAUUUUCUUACGUAAAAAGACUUGAAAAUAUUUUUCAAGGUUAAUACCAAGAACAACGGGUCUCGUUCAUCCAUUUAUUUACUGUGAAACUCUUAAGGAAACUGCUAGGAAAGCCUUGAUGUUAUCGGAGAUGGAAAAAGUGAGCCUUCAUUCAGGCAGGUCA